AUGCUCGCUCAGGAGAAGCUGGUCCCAAAACCUCCCAUCAGGACGACGGUGGGCUACAAUUUCGAGCACGACAACGACCUGAGGGAGGCCUACCGCAACCCAUGGAACGAGGUUAGGAUCGGCAGGGUGCUCGAAGACCUCGACAGCCUAGCGGGAAACAUCGCCUUCGCGCACUGCGACGACGCGGACGUCGCCACGAGGCCCCAGCUCCUCGUCACCGCGUCCGUGGACAGGGUUCGACUGCUGCGACCGCUCCGGCUGAAGGAGGACAUGACCCUCACGGGCGCCGUCGCGUGGGUGGGCACGUCGUCCAUCGUCAUUCGCAUGGAGGCGUGGCCCGCGGAUCAUCCCGACGCGCCGACGGACCCGGACCCCGGACCGAGCCUCACCGCGGAUUUCACGUUUGUCGCGAGGGACUCGGUGACCAACAAGGGAGCGCCGGUGAACCCGCUGGUUCCCGAAACGGACGAGCAGCGGGACCUGUUCGAACGCACCGCGCGGCGCGUGGAGGCGAAGAGGGCGAGGAUGCGGUCGGAGCGAACGAACGGCGCGGACGGCGCGCUGUCGCCCGAGCUGGCGGAGAGCAAGCGCCUCUUUGUGGAGGACGUCACGCGCGCGGCGAGGGCGCUGAGGGAGCUUCCCGCGCUGGCACCCGCGCAGGACGUGGCCAUGGACGCGACGCGCACCGAGAACAUGUUCGUGGCGCAGCCGCAGCAGCGCAACCUGAGCGGUCGCAUCUUCGGUGGCUUUCUCCUUCGCCGGGCGUUUGAGUUGGCCUUUGCCACGACGUACGUCUUCGGCGGCGCCAAGCCAAAGUUUCACUCCGUCGCCGACAUGAACUUCCUCAGGCCGGUGGAGGUUGGAGACCUGAUGCGGAUCCGCGCGAGGGUGCUCCACGCGACGCGUACGUCGUGCGGGCGUCCCAGCGUGGACGUGGAGGUGGAGGCCCUCGUGACGAAACCCGAGUCGCUUCGGUCCGAGGUGAGCAACACGUUCAUGUUCAAGUUUGACGUCGGCGACGCGAACGAGGGAAGGGUGGUGAGGAGGGUGCUGCCGUCGUCGAGGGAAGAGGCUGCGCACGUGUGGGAAAAAUGCGUGCGGCCGGACGUCCAGGCGAGGCUCGAGGAGCAAACGCCAUUGAUAUAG